UGCAUGGAAGGAAGCGGAUGGAACAAGCCCGAGCAUGCGAGGUGGGGACACGUGAAGGAGUGGGUGACGGAGCAGUGGCAAGCGAUGAUGCAGAGGAGGGAGGAGGACAGGCUGAGGAGGAUCUACGAGAAGAAGAUGCUGUCAAACCGUUUCUUCCUGAGGGCGAUGGAGGAUUUGAGGCAGGAAGGAAAGCAGGAUGAAGAAACCUUCAAGUACGGCGGGUCGUUGAAUGAGGAACAAACCCAUGCGCUGGAGGUGGCAAGGGUGCUAGCAAGCUCCAAGAUACAAGGGGUCUUCAGAGGAGUGAAGCUGCGGAAAGGAAUAUCCAAGUUGAAGGCAGAUCUCCUGCGGCAGAAGCAAGAAAGGAUGAAAGCGAGGGAGCUGGAACGGCAGAAGAUGAAGGACGACUCGAAGACUUUCUACUCGAAACUGAAGUUCAUGACCGGACGCGGAGUUGCCAAGGAGAGUUUGAAGUUCGUGAUUUCGUCUCCUGGGUCAGAAGAUACCAAACACGUUGAGAUCCUACGACAAGUGAAACUUCCUUUCGAUCGAAGAAAAGCUCCUGCAAACCCUCGCUGAGAAGAUUGAGAAAUCUGGCGAUGUCGACGUACUGUCUUCGUGUAAGAAAUUCAGAAAUGCAAGAUGUAAGACGAAAACAAGAUUGAUAGAAAUGCG